GCAAAUUCUAAACCUAAAAUAAGAGCAGACUAUAUACUUUUUAAUAUCUUCACUUAAACUCUAAUUUAGUGAUAUUUUUUGUAUGUAGCGAAAUUAUUAUAGUUAUGUCUAAUCAAACAAAUUAACAUUUUCAUUGUUAAUUGUGUUCAAGCAGACACGAACAAUUUAUUUUUUAUUUUUCUUAAGUAAUAAUGAAUACAGAAGUAACGAUCAUUUUCCAUUUUUUGAAUAUAGAUUUUGAUCUUUCCUGAAGGAACAAAUCUUACACCAGUCACAAAAGAAAAAAGUGAUGAAUAUGCUCUACAACACAAUGUAAAACCAUAUGAAUAUUGUCUUCAUCCACGAACAACUGGAUUUACAUAUUUGUUGAAUACAUUGAGAGACGGUGAAAUAAUUGAUGCCGUAGAUGAUAUUACUGUUGGUUAUGAAGGCACUUAUCCACUGGACGAAAAAGAAUUUUUUGGAGGCGUGAUUCCAAAAACCGUACAUUUUCAUUGUAAACGUUAUCGAGUGUCAUCUCUACCAAAUGAAAAUACAGAAAUAGGUGAAUGGCUUCAAACACGUUGGAAUGAAAAAGAAGUACAAUUACAUAAGUAA